AUGGCUGCCACCCAGCCUGGCUUGCCGGGAGCUUACCUGGAACCGCAGAUGGGGCCGACCCCGGUCUCUGACUCGGAUUCGGAUUCCGACGGCCCAGUCUCCAGCGACCCCAGGCCCUACGCUGGCUCUGAAGCCGGAUGCCAGGUGAUCCACAGUGGGCACUUCAUGGUGUCCUCCCCACACAGUGACUCGGUGCCCCGUCGGCGCCACCAUGGGAUUGAGCUGGAGGUCCCUGAUCCCCGAAGCAUUGACCCCACCAUCACACGGCUCUUUGAGUGUAUGUCCUUGGCGUACAGCGACAACCUGGUGUCACCCAAGUGGAAGAAUUUCAAGGGGCUACAUCUGCUCUGCCGGGACAAAAUCCGUCUCAACAAUGCCAUUUGGAGAGCCUGGUACAUCCAGUAUGUGGAACGCCGAGAGAGCCCCGUGUGUGGAUUUGUCACCCCUCUGGAUGGUUCAGAUGAGCACAGGAAACCAGAAGCUGUCGUGCUCGAGGGGAAAUAUUGGAAGAGGCGGAUCGAGGUGGUGAUGAAGGAGUAUCACAAGUGGCGCAUCUACUACAAGAAGCGGCUCCGCAAAUCCAGCCGAGAUUGGGAAGCCCCCAGCCCAAAGCAGGAUGAUGAGACCUGGAUGCCACUAGAAAAUUGGUGCAACCAGCUCUUCUCCAACGUGGUCCCCAUGCUGUUGAGAGACAAGGAGGAGGAACCAGAAGGGAGACAGCUCUUUGAUCUGGACAGCUUCCUCUCGGACAUCUCCGACACCCUCUUCACCAUGACCCAGCCCCCCUGUUCUCCUCAGCCACUGGCGGAAGAAGCCUAUACUGGCAACGCCGACAUGAUCCAGCCGUACCUGGCCCCGCUGCAGCCAAAUCUUGACGAUUUCAUGGAGAUCUCUGAUUUCUUCUCCAGUCCGCGGCCGCUGUCGGCACAUCCGUCCCUGAGCUACCACGAGCAGUCCUGCUUUGCGCCUGUGACGGAGUCCCUGUACAGUGGUAGUAGCGACCUGCUGCCCAGUCCAGCCGAAACCCUGCUCACCCAGGGCACUGCCAAUUCAUCAGUCCUGCCCAACACCCGCCUCCAGCCUUCAGGUGCCUGCUCAGCCCAGCUGGAUUUGCCCAGCCCCUUCCUCAGACCUGACCUCCCCACAAAUCCUCCACCUUCAGCUUCUUCCAGGGGCCUCGGCCCUGACCCGAAACAGAAGCCUGUCCUGCCCUAUGCCUUUCCUGGAAAGUGGCUGAGCCCAGAACCUUACGGGUCUUUCUGCCCAACCCUGCCAAAUACCCCGAUACUGGGCCAGGACCUGGCGUGCCCAGCUCACUCAGCGCCUUGCUCCAAAUUCCACUAUCCACCUUCUACGUUGCAUUCUACACCAUGUUUUCCCCAAAACAUGUCGGUGCCAGGCUAUGGCGUGGAUCUGCCUUCAGGGUACCACCCCCCUUUUGGCGCCCUGCAUGCGCAGGCAGACAUGGCUAACAGCCCCAUGUUUGGCACCACCAGAGGGCAGCCGCAGUCUGGGAGCAACAGGCCCAAGGCGAAGGUCACCAACUCCAAGAGCAAGAGACCUACGGGGCUCCCCAUGCCUCCAGCUGCGCCAAACCCUUGUCUGACACAGCUGCUGACCACAGCUAAACCAGAGCCGAACAUGGAAACUCUGCCUACCCCCGAUCCUGCCUUCCUUCCCACGGAGCCAGAAUCCAUGCAAAGCAGUCUUUGCGAAGGACCCGCUGCCUUCCUGCCCAGAAUGACCCAGAUCAGCCCCCGACUCUCGCCUGUCUCCAACCCCUCGCAGCCCACUCCGAUCACGCCACCGCCACUAGGACCUCUGGUGGUCCCCAAGACAGAGAGGCUCUCCCCGACACCAGUGUGUGGCAAUAAUCGGAGGAUGUCGGGGCAGGGCUCCCCAGGGACCGCUGAGGGACUGAGUGUCAGGAUUUCUCCCCCUCAUUACUCAUCCAACCGGAACAGGCCAGAACCAAGCAAGACAGAGAGCCGCCGGAUCACCCACAUCUCUGCUGAGCAGAAGCGCCGUUUCAACAUUAAGCUCGGCUUUGAUACCCUGCACAGCCUGGUCAGCACUUUGAGUUCUCAGCCCAGUCUCAAGGUCAGCAAAGCCACCACCCUGCAGAAGACAGCGGAAUACAUCUGCAAGCUGCAACAGGAGCGAGUCACCUUGCAGGAAGAGGCGCAGCGCCUACGGGAUCAGAUCGAAGAGCUGAACGGCACCAUCAACCUGUGCCAGCAGCAGUUGCCCGCCACAGGGGUGCCCAUCACCCGCCAGCGCUUUGACCAGAUGCGAGACAUGUUCGACCAGUAUGUGCGUUCGUGCACCUUGCAGAACUGGAAGUUCUGGGUUUUCAGCAUCAUCAUGAGACCCCUCUUUGAGUCCUUCAAUGGGAUGGUUUCCACCACCAGCAUGGACAGUCUCAGUCAGACAUCCUUUGCCUGGCUGGACCAGUACUGCUCUCUCCCAGCUCUCCGGCCAACUGUCCUGAGCUCCCUCCGUCAGCUGAGCGUUUCCACUUCGAUCCUGAGCAACCCGGCAGGCAUCCCGGAACAGGCCACCCAGGCAGUGACGGGCACAGUCCCCAACCACAGCUCCUCCUAACUUGCAUUUGGGGGGCGGUGCAAUGGCUACAGCAAGGCAGAGCCAUCGCUCCUGCAGAAGAACUGUUUGUGCAGAGUGGAUGCCUGGAAGAGUCGCCCCCCUGCUGGUUGGGGCCGGGCAUUGGCCUGGAAGGGACCUUCACCGUGGCUUCUUCAUCCAGAUUUCUUCUGAGCUGCCUUGUUC